CAACAAAAGAAACCACAGAAGAAAGAGAAUACUUUUUAAGGAUUCCAUAGUUGUCUGAUUCUACAAAGAAUAUUGCACAUUUGAAGAGUCAUUUGGGCCUUCCUUUAGAAUUCCAUGACACAAUUUGCCGUCGAUACCUACUGUAUUUCAAGGUGGUUGAAACUGGACGAGGGCCCCCAUUAGAGUUGACUCAUGGGGAUCCAGAACUUGCUGUUUCUGCCUGCUGCAGAGCUUCAGAAGAAGAAAACAGGCAACAAGAGCUGUAAGAGAGAAUUUUGAUUAUUGAUAGAGUGCCGAGGUUCAAUUGGGUGAAGCUACCCAAGGGUUCAAAGGGUGAGAUUAGAAGAAUAUGUCAGUUCAGAGAUAUGCCCUAUAUUUCACCCUACUCUGACUUCUCUGAGAUAAGGUCCGGCACCCCUUAGAAAGAGAAACAUGGUUGUGGUGUUGUGCAUGAGUUCUUGAGCCUCACAGUGGAAAAAAAGAACUCUUGUUGAUCAUCUCACUCAUUUUGGAGAUGAAUUUAGAUUUUCCCAGCAGUUGAGAGGGAUGUUGAUAAGGCACCCGGAUAUGUUUUAUGUCUCUCUAAAAGGUACUAGGCACUCGGUUUUUCUUCCUGAAGCAUAUCACGAUUCUCAAUUAACAGAGAAAGGUAGAUUAUUACUUAUCAAGGAAAAUAUGUGUUCCCUUGUUUCUGUUCAACGAUUUGCAUGGAGAGGCAUAGGGAAGUGUGAUGCGGAUAAAAUAGAUGGAACUAAAUCCAAAGAUGAAGGCAGAGAGGAAGGUCAAGAGGGGUUAGACAUUGAUAAUUUACUAAGUGAUGGAUUUGAUGAAGAUGGUGAGGCAACUAUGAUGACAAUGGUGAAGAUUUUGAAGAUGAUUGGAGCUAUGAAGAUGAUGAUUUACCCCCUAACUUCACUGAUGAUGAUGAAAUUAUAAACCUAGACAAUGUUAAAUCAAGCAGAAUGGUUGAUGACCCAAUAAAAAAGUAUGAGAAGAUUCUUGUACCUGUUUUCCCGAUGGUCGGCCAAGAGAACGGUGGUGAUAACAUAUGGAAACUUGAUAUUUUAAUCUUUCAUCUUUUGCCAUUGGAUGUCCAGAAAGAUAGUAAUGCAUUGAAAAGUAUGCGGUUCAAUUGUCCAAAAGCUCUGUGUUUUUGGGAGAAUGUUAUUUCUGAAUGCAGUUUGCUUCUUGGAGACCCUUAUCAGAUGGUACUGCCUUUACUGGAGAGUGAAAGAAAUUAUUUGUACAAGCUUCACUUCAAUUUUGUUGGACAUGGGUGCCAUUCUUCCUGUGUUAAUGAUAUAUACUCUUCUGCUAGCUUGUGGAUUUAGUUUCUGAUUGCUCGUAAGUUCCGGCACCCCUAAUAAAUUUUUCUGCCAACUCCAAGAAGAAGAUUAGAAGGGAAAACCCCAGGUCAGGCAAGAUAUCCGUACUUCCUAAAGUAGCAGUUUAGACACGCUUCCAAUGGCCGAGGGACCUGAGAAAGCUAAUUCUGAUGACCCUCAACAGACAGUUUGCAGUUUCUUCAGAAAGCCAUCGAAGGCCAAAAACAUCAGAAAACGUACUGCCAUUGAAGAGGGUGAGAAUGAAGAUGGAGAUUCGAAAGACGAGACUUCGGUAGUAUUUAAUAAGAAGAAGCCAGCAGUUGCUGACAACAAGCUCCACUUUUCUACUGGGCCCUCAAAGCGGGAGAUAACCUCAGAAUCUGAUGCAGGUUCUAAAAAGUCACUUUUUCAGUUUGAGUCUUCGAGGGAGAUUCAGGUUCAGAAUGAUAAUAAAGCAACUGCUACGCUGGAAACUGAGACCGAGUUCUCAAAAGAUGCCCGGGCAAUUAGGGAGCGAGUUCUCAAGCAAGCAGAAGAGGCCUUGAAAGGGAAAAAUGAGAACACUGGGGAUGAGAAAUUGUAUAAGGGGAUACAUGGAUAUACGGACUACAAGGCAGGUUUCCGGAGAGAGCACACAAUUUCCAGCGAGAAAGCUGGUGGAUCACAUGGUCCUCUUAGAGCUUCUGCUCACAUUAGAGUUUCUGCCAGGUUUGACUAUCAGCCAGAUGUCUGUAAGGACUACAAAGAAACUGGAUAUUGUGGCUAUGGAGACUCAUGCAAGUUUAUGCAUGAUCGAGGGGAUUAUAAGUCGGGAUGGCAGCUGGAAAAGGAGUGGGAUGAAGCAGAGAAAGCCAAGAAGAGAAGAAUGGAAAUGGGAAUGCUCGAUGAUGAUGAAAGUGCAGAGCAGAGUGAUGAUGAUGAAGAUGAUGCGAUACCCUUUGCAUGUUUCAUCUGUAGGCAACCUUUUGUCGACCCCGUUGUGACAAAGUGCAAGCACUACUUCUGUGAGCAUUGUGCAUUAAAGCAUCAUGCAAAAAAUAAGAAGUGCUUCGUGUGCAACCAGCCUACCCUUGGGAUAUUCAAUACUGCUUUUGAGAUACGCAAGAAGAUGGCUGCUGAAGGAAAAUGAGGAACCUUGUCGUUCUUCUGUUAACCGUGUGUCUGGAAAACUUCUUGGGAGAAUUCUCUCUUACUAAUAUUUACACAACCAUCAUCUUUGUUCACAUACAUGUUUUGGGUAAUGAAUCUCUUGUUAAAGAGGCUUGGCCUUGAGGUUGAAGUGUAUUGAGUAACAAAAUGACUUCAUUGUAAUUAAGUUGAUUCUUCAGAGUAUAGAUGCCUGGGAUCCAUCCAGCUAAUUUGUACU